AUGCUCAUAAAGUUUCCAAGUUACAAGUCUACUGGAGUCAAUUUUAAGGAGGAAACAGACAGUUCAGGUCAUAAAUGCUUCCAAAUGAGUGGAGGGAAAGUGGAGGUAAACCAACCAGGCUUGGACGGCUCCAAAAAAUAUUAUGUCCAUGUUGAGACAAGAAUCGGCAUUCACGGCAAGCCCGAACGCUGUGUUAAUCCAGACAAAGACAAUUGUGGGGGAAUAGGUUCUUGUGUCCACUGUGAUAUUUGUAAAACUAUGGGAGGCUCGCUCAAAAGCUUUAUUCAAAUUUUCAAAGGAAACAAACCUGCUGAAUGCAGUGCUCAAGGCAUGAGGAUUUGUUAUUAUUUCUUUUAA